AUGUCUACCUCUCAACCAAAGCUAGCGGUACCGGAUCAUAUCGACGAGGCAGCAAAAGCAGAGCCGAAUGCUCUUUGGGCACGGGUACCAAAAUCAAGCAUCAGUGUCGAUGAAGGCUGGCGCGACAUCACGUACGCACAACUGGCGCACGCAGUGGACAGUUUAGCGUGGUCGCUAGAGAACACGAUAGGAGCUCCAGACCACAUAGGUGCGACCAUUGGCUACUAUCUUGUCAUACUGUCCGCAGUACUUAAGGUUGGGUACGUUCCGUUGUUUAUCUCGCCGCGAAAUUCUCCUGCAGGCCAGAAAGCCAUCCUUCAGGAGACAAAAUGCACGCUUUUCCUGAGCACGCAAGAGAAACACCAGUGUCUAAAAGAAAUACAAGAAGUUAUCCCCAGCAUGCGGGUCUUUGGUGUGCCAUCUUUGCUAGACCUACUCGAUCUAAGUCAUCCGACACUCCCAUAUGAUGGAAAACACCGCCGUGAUGGGUAUGCUGAUAGCCUGAUCCUUCAUACUUCUGGUUCAACUGGUCUGCCUAAGGCUGUUCGUAUGACCGUAGACAGCCUGAAUUCGGUAUUCAAGCAAUCGACUCUAGAUCGGGAAGAAGGCCGCCUACAAGUCACGGGGCAAUUUCUUAGAGACAAAAGGCCAAUGCUCGCUGUUGUCCCCUUCUUUCACGCCAUGGGUAUUGUGGUAGGGCUUCGAUCGCUAAUGUGCAGGAGCUCAAUUGCCACCCUUCCUUCUGGAAAGCUGUGGAACGCUAGCCUAGUCAUCAACACAAUCAACGCAAUCAACCCAGCUACCGGUUUCUUUCCUCCCUCCAUCCUUGAAGAUAUUUCUAGUACCGAAGUGGGUAUUCAAGCAAUUGGCAAACUGGAUGCAGUCUUCUUCGGAGGUGCGCCGUUGGCUAAUGCAAGCGGGGAAAAGCUUUGUCGAGUAACAAAGCUUCAAACGAUCAUAGGCAGUACCGAAGCCUUACUCAUACCUAGCCUCGCCACAACUUCGUCAGAUGAGUGGGGAUAUUUUCACUGGAGCAAUGCUGCUGGUGCUGUCAUGGAGUCGACAGAAAAUGAUCUGUGCGAGCUUGUUCUCACGCGAAGGAACACCGACUACCAAGCUGUUUUCCAUAUCUUUCCAGAAGAAGAAAAAUGGCAAACCAAGGAUCUCUUCCAGAAGCAUCCUUCCAAGCCUUUUCUAUGGAGGUACAGCGGCAGACGAGACGACACUCUUGUGCUUAGCAACGGCGAAAAAGUCAAUCCUGUGUUGAUGGAGAAGUUCAUAGAAUCCCACCCGAGGGUGAAAGGUGCUAUAGUCGUUGGUAAAGGGAAGUUUCAAACUGGACUGCUUAUCGAGCCGGAAUGGGUCGGGGUUGGAAGAAGAGACCCGACUAUGCUGGUAGAAGACAUAUGGCCCACGGUGAAACAAGCCAAUAAGGAGGCGCCUGACCAUGCACGUAUAUACAAGAGCAAGAUCGCUGUCAUGGAAGAGGGAAAAUCGUUUGAGCGCACGCCUAAGGGCUCGAUCAUGCGGCUGCAGACAGAGGUCGUAUUCCAGGACAAGAUCACAGCGUUGUACGACGAUGGAACGUGUGCUAGUGAGUCCAGUAGGGAACUUAGCAGUGCUGUAGACCUCAGAGGUAGUGUCCGUGCUAUCUUCAUGAACUCGCUACCUUCUUUUGGUGAGGAAACGCCGGACGAGGUCGACAUCUGCACCCUGGAAGUCGAUUCCCUAAGCGUUUUAACUUUGGCGGAAGCACUACGAACGACGCUACAGCGCACGGACAUCACUGCUGCGACGGUUUACGAGAAUCCCACUGUUGAAAAGUUCGUCCUUGCCCUGUCCCUAAGCGAGAGUGAUUUGGGUAUAAAAAUGAAGCACCCAAGCAGCCGUGAAGAAGAGUUAGGCACUUUGGUUAGAAAGUAUACAGCAGAUCUAAUCCAAAAGGAGCGGGGAACUGCUGCACGAGAGCGCCUAUCGAAACAAACAGUACUUCUCACUGGCUCGACAGGUAGUCUCGGCAGUCACGUGCUGCAAAGCCUUCUCCAGCGCCCGGAUGUCGAACGAGUGUAUUGCUUGAAUCGUGCGCUUGAUGCGGGAAAUCGACAAGAAAACGGCUUCAAGAAGUACCAUUAUCCGGUCCCGGACUUAUCCAGGGUCGAAUUCUUCCAAGCUGAUUUCAGCGCCGUCCGUUUUGGCCUUGCAGAGGUAGCGUAUAAACGGCUUGUCUCCACCGUUACGAUGGUCAUCCAUUCAGCAUGGUCUGUAAACUUCAACCUUGGACUCCCAUCUUACGAGGCAACACACAUUGCUGGAACCCGGCAUCUUGUAGACAUUGUCUCUAAAUGUGUUUACAAACCUUCGAUCACUUUCGUUUCGUCGAUUGCCAGCGUUGGCAGGUGGGGCAGCAUUGUACAAGACGGUUCUCCUGUACCAGAAUCUACCACUACCCUUUUUGACCGCUCGAUUGUGCUACCACAAGGCUAUGGCGAGUCAAAGCAAGUUGCAGCUGAGAUACUUGCAGUCGCCUCACAUCGCCUUGGCAUACAAACUGCCAUCAUUCGCGCGAGUCAGCUAGCAGGACCUAGCGCGCAGGCCGGUGGAGCAGCCUGGAACCGACAUGAAUGGCUACCAUCGUUAGUUCACACAAGCAAGUUCAUGAAAAAGCUACCAAAGACUCUUGGAACCAUGGAGCAGGUGGACUGGGUAGCGAUGGAUGUAGCGGGUGCGACUGUAGUCGAUAUUGCCAUGGCACCAACUUCACAAUCCACGCGCAUUUAUCAUCUAGCCAACCCCCAUCGAACAAGCUGGAGACAGUUGUAUCCUGUUAUUUUGGAAUAUUUCAAAAGUCAUGACGUGGAAAUUGACGUGAUUGAGUACGAUGAUUGGGUUCAGGAGCUGGGACGAAUUCCAUUGACCAAAGAGAAUGCCGAACACAUACCGGGGUUGAAGCUGUGCGAUUUCUACAACAGUCUACGUCUUGAUAUGGCAGCAGGAUUACCAAGACUAGCGACCAAGAACACAGAGGCCGUCAGCCAGACCCUGCGGGAAGGGAGAGCAGUAGAUCAAACUGACAUGAAAAAAUGGUUAGAGCAAUGGCGGUUCUAA